GCCCCCGUUUCCGCUCCUCCACAGGACGAGGCCGCCGCGAGAUCCCACCAAACCAAAAAUCACGGCCUAUCUAAUAUCUACCCGCCGCCGGCUGCCACCGCGCGGAUCGAGCGAGCAACCGCCCAACCGGGAGGCCAAUCCCGGAUCUCGCGUGCUCCUUCGCCGGCGAUGGAGGGGCGGCCGGGUGGCGCGUGGCGGAUGCAGGGGCCCGCCGGGGCGCCCGUCGCGGGGCUGCCCAUCGGCUUCCGCUUCCGCCCCACCGACGAGGAACUGCUGCUGCACUACCUCCGCCGCAAGGCGCUCGCCUGCCCGCUCCCCGCCGGCAUCAUCCCCGACGCCGACCUCGCGCGCCUCCACCCGUGGGACCUCCUGCCGCCAGCAGGCGGCGGCGGCGGCGGCGGCGGCGGCGACGCCGACGGCGAGCGCUUCUUCUUCUACCGCCCGGCGACGCGGUGCUGGCGAAAGGGCGGCGGCGUGGCCAGGGCGGCCGGCACCGGCGUCUGGAGGCCGUCCGGGAAGGAGAAACUCGUUGUCUCGCCGCGGUGCAAGCGCCCCGUCGGCACCAAGCGGACGCUCGUCUUCUGCCGCGGACGCGCCCGCGGCGCCGCGCGCACCGACUGGGCCAUGCACGAGUACCGCCUCCUCCCCGCCGGCCUCCACCCCUUCCACGGCUGCGCCGCCGCCGGCAGCUCGACCGCGACCCAUGUGAGCUGCCAUGGCGCGGCGGCCGACUGGGUGGUCUGCCGCAUAUUCAAGAGGACCAAGCCGGCGGCGCACCGCGGCCGGGAAGAUGACGAUGCGGAGGAGAUGCCUUCGUCGCCGUCGUCUGCGUCGUCGUGCGUCACCGACACCUCCGAGGCCGGCGACCAGGAGCAUGACGACGACGAAGGAAGCAGCAGCAAUGGCGGCGGCAGCAGCUGCAGCGUCGCCUCAAAUUGAGAGGAGUAGAGUUGACUAGGCCGUUAAUCACGGGCGCCAUGUUCUAAUGAACGCGCCCACCCGUGCCCUUCUGAUCUCGUAGGAAUCCUAAGCACCUAGCAAGCAAUAGAGAGAAGAAGAAGAUCGAGCUCAAACAAGACAGAAAAAGAAAAAGCGAAUCGCUUUGCUAUGUUUGAGCUCGUCGCGAAUCCGGAGUGUUAAUUAGCGAGAAAUUAAUCAGUUCCCUUUUGGCAAUUAAUCAUCGUCUGCUGUGUCAA